AUGAGUGCACCAAGCAUUAGCUUCCUACAGUCGAACUUGAACCACUCCGCCGGGGCGCAGGACCUACUGCUGCAGUCCAUGGCGGAGUGGCAGAUAGACCUGGCGGUGGCCUGCGAGCCCAACUUCGUUCCUCCCCUAGCUCAUUGGAUAGAGGACCUGGACGGAACGGUGGCGGUCCUCUCGAGAAGCGGAACGGGUCCUCCCCUCUCACUUAUUGAGAGGGGCUCGGGCUACGUUGUGGCGGGAUGGGGCGAGUACGCGGUCGUUGAAACGUACUUCUACCGCAGCCUCGAUGAGUUCGAGACUUAUCUCGGGUCAGUCAGAGCUGCGGUAGCCAGGCAGUCACCGAAACCUACCCUGAUUCUCGGCAACUUAAACGCGAGGUCGCGUGCCUGGGGCAACCCCACCACGAAUCCGCGAGGGAGGGCCGUCCAAGUGUGGGCGCUACUUUCCGGCCUGUCCCUUCUCAACAAGGGGCAAGUUCACACUUGCGUGCGCCACAACGGGGGGUCCGUAAUGGACGUCUCGUUUGCCACCCCUGUGGUAGCACGCAGAGUGUCGAACUGGAGAGUAGAGGAGAAGGUGGAGAUCAUCGCUAUAUCCGAUUUGAGAUCGAGAUAUGCGAUGCAGCCAUGCGGAGGACUCGGCGCGGAGUUUCGCGUCGGCAUGUGUUCUGGUGGUCACCGGAAAUAG